GGAGGGUUGUCAGGAGGAGGAAACCGAAGCGAUUUUCCGGCCCGUGCCCGUGUCGGCUCCAGCUGGUUCAGUCACUUCUUUGUCCACUCGGCGCCUUCCUACGGGGCGUUUUGUACAGCGACAGCAAUGUCUGGGAGGACGGCGAGAGCCGAGACCCGAAGUCGGGCAAAAGACGACAUCAAGAAGGUGAUCGCGGCCAUCGAGAAAGUGCGGCGCUGGGAGAAACGUUGGGUAACUGUAGGUGAUACGUCAUUGAGAAUCUUCAAAUGGGUGCCAAUAGUGGACCCCAGAGAUGAGGAAAAACCCAGAGUGUUGACAUCAACGGAAAGGUCCUCUGAGAGGGAGAAAAGACCACGUGGGGGAGGCAUGAAGAACAAUUCUUCCCUGCUCAUGCUGGAUCUGAAUGAUGAUAACAGCAACCAAAGCUCGUUCUCUGAAGCCUCGCCAGUGAAAGGAGACAGCAGCACCAGCCCAAGCCCUACCCCAGAGCGAAGUCGUGCGACCACACCCAAUCCAACAGCACUGAACAACAUGGGGGAGGAUCCACAGCCCCCAACAUUAGGUCAGGAACAGCCCCCCAACAUACAUGAACCAGCAUUGCUGUCUGAGGAGGCCGAUGAACCCCCAAUGCUCUUCAAAGAGGACUCUGUCCCUGAGAGUCACACUGCGAAGCUGUCUAGUGACCAAUAUGACCAGAGGGAGGAGAGUCAGGACUCAUCAGAGGACAGUCCAUUCCGGGCCCCACCUAUGAAGCGCAUCUGCACUGAGGAGAGUCGUAGUUAACAAGGCCUUUGGCCAAGGAGGAGAGGGGCGGUUUAAGAAUAUUCUCUGGGUGGAUGAGGCUGUCUAAGUGGAGUCAUCCAUGUCCAUCAGGAGGUUCUCCUAACCAUCGUUUGGAUAUUGUUGUCUGACCUAGCACUGCACAAUUGGUGCCUUUCCUGCAGGUUUACAGAGGAAAUUAAAAAAAAAAAAAAAAAUCUUCAGAGAUAGGGAAAAAAUGUAAAAAGUGUCUUCACUCAUUUGCAACACUACUGAGAAACUUGGUAUGAAUCCUGGCAGGCCAGGAGAAGUGGUGUCCAGUUACAGUAAUUGGAAUGUGAGGGUCUGAGUGGGGCUGCUGAGACUGAACCUCAGGCCCCCCAGUCCCACGCACGGUUAAGAAUAUCAGGCUUUGCUCCAACAUUAUUUGACUUCACCAGCAGGUGGCACUACUGCCUCAUAUAUUUGUACUGUAUAGCUAACGAGAAAUCCACAGCAAACUUUUGUACUGUACAUACAGCAUUUAAUGGAGCUUUUUGUCUUUGACCAUUAGGAAGGCAAGGUAUGGUAGCCUUACUUAUGAAUUUUUUUCCCUCACGUUUUUAAAACAAACCUUUGUUUUAAUGUGUUCUCCUCGCUAAGUUAUACUCCAUUUUCCUUUUUUUUUUUCCUGUACAUAUUUUCGUAUUUCCCUCCUCAGUUCCUGCUUUGACCCUCCUCAGAUGGUUGGCUUUUGUUCAGCGACCACAAACCCAACUGGCGACUCUGAGUUGUGUCGUGACUGCCAACACAAAAUUAUCACCUCAUUGCUCAUACAUCCAUCUUUAUUUCCGUCACUAUAGUUUUACAAAUGGUAUAAAUUAAACUAUUUAAUUUAAAACGUCUUCACAUUUUAUCACGGUCUCCAUUGCCUCAAUAAAUACUUUUGUUUUUUUAGAGAUGAAAAAUAAAAUCUUCCUUUUUUUCCCCCCCUCCUCAUGUAAACUUGAAAAUCUGCCAACUCAGUCAGCUCUAUGCAUUUGGUUCUGUAACACAUUUAGUGACGUGAAUUUAAUUCCUCAUCCUCAUUUUAUUUUUUUUCCCCCAAAUUGAAGCAAAUGGAAAUAUCAGAAAUUGAAUUGUUUCCAUUUUGAACGUAUUUCAGGAAUGAAAACCAUGGUGCCAAAAUUAAAUGCACAAUCUCAAAGAGUUUGUUUUUUAAAAAAAAAAAAUACACUUAAUCAGAAUUUGGCAAAAGUUUCUGCAAUUGCCGUUAAACUCUUAUUUUAUUCGAUUGAUAAGGUAAAGAUAAGCGUUUCAUUUCCGAUGUCAGCGUCUCAGAAGCUGGAUAUCGGACAGUUGCUGGGUUUUACUAGACGCCUUCUAUCCGUGAUCCAAGGUUAUUAGCAGUGUGGGUGGGAUUCAUUUUGAAAUCUUCCCUUGGCAGUGUUGUUGAUAUCUAUUUUUAUAUGCCAGUGUACGUUUGGUGCACUAAAUGUAUAAAGACUUUUUUAUAUUUGUACAGUUUUUUUUAAAUAUGUCUGUUAAUACAAGAAGUCCUCUAAUUUGUAGUGCUGUUUGUUUCUCCUCGGCAUUUUGUGUCUUGUGUUUCAUCCUUUGCUAUCUUGCUCUAUGCCUUUAAUAAAAAUGUUUU